AUGUCAUCCCCAAGACGCCGCUCUCUCCGUCUUCAAACAGUCGAACACAACGUCAUAGAGACCCCCAGAACUAAACCCAUAUCAACUGCCGACAUCAUAAAUGAUAGUCAGGAAAGGACACCAAAGUCUGAGUCACCAGAGGCCCCUGUCAGGUUGCAAGCUGCCAAGUCCCCUGUCAGGCUGCCAACCUCCAACUCCAAGUCCAGUCGCUUCAGCUGCCUUCGCGGGCACGAAAGCCACGACCUUGCCGACACGCAGAUUGCAAAACGGCUUCACUGGUGCAUGCGCAGAUCCACAAUGGGCAAGCGCGUAGGCGAUGCCUCCAGAACUGUCCUGCAACUUACCGGCAUGUGGCCAUGGGAGUUCGCUGCCGGUUUCUUACCUAAAAAGUGGAAUAUCAGCAUGCUGGAAGAUAUUAGAAGGCUUCUAAGAAGUGUCUGCAAAAGCGCUAGAACUAAUGGUCCUGGGCCUCAUACAAAGAUUGUUCAAAACUUUCUCCUGGGGUGCGCAAAGAAGCGCGAUGCACGCCAUCCACGUCUUCAACAUGGCGACGUGCUGGAUGCCAUCGACCAUUUCAGCGCAGACUUUUAUACAAAAAGGGAGGCAAUAACGCCUGUCACUACUCCACCUGUCAGACGUCGGACAGGGCAAAUAACAGUGCGGGGGUCUGGUGAGAGAAGCGGUAGUGAUGAGAGCCAUGAUGAUCAAGACGAAGCUAUCGAGAUACCCGAUUCAGAGAGCGAAUGGGAAGAUUGGACCGGCUUCGAUUUUGAGGAUCAUGUUGAACCAGAAACGGCCACUGUGGCUGUGAAACGCUCCAGGUCACCUUCGUUGGGUGCUUUGCUGGAGAAGCGUCCACGUAUGACAGGUCCAAGCAAUCCAUACCACGGCACGAGUGCUACAAUACUUCAAGAUCCGGCACCGUCGAGCAAUGUAUGCGAUAACAGGAAUGUCACAGUGGUCCAAGAUGCAUCUUCACAAACUGACAUACUGCCAACACAACAUCCAAGGGACUUUGCCGACCUUGUUGAUGAGUUCGAGUUCAUCGAGAGCGAAAAGCAAAAAGAGUUCAACAUGGUCACUCAUUCACUUCACGAAGUCACGACCUCAAUCCAAGAAAGCGAGGCCAAUGAGACAAAACUAGGCAGUGAAAAGGUUGAAAAGCUAUGCACAGAUGUCAAAGCAUACGAAGUCGAGAGGGAGAAAAUAAUGAAAGGCAUGCGCUUCGUCCAGGAGCACCACGAAGAUAUGGCCAUGAGUGCCGACGACCUCGAAAAGUCAAUACACAAGUACACAAUAAGACUCGAAGAGUGCGACCGGUUGAUCGCCCAAGCAAACACGGAUGCGUUGGACGAGCUAGAAGCUAUUGCGCAAAAGGACUUUGACCUACGGGCUGAAGAGAAGCGGCUAAAGUCUCGCGGGCAAGAGCUCCUUCGCGAGGUGGAGUAUUCCGCCGCUAUAAAAACAAUGAUGAGACUGGGGCCAUCGGGGAUGGCGACACUGAUAGCCAAACUGGAGACUAAGAAUGUUUCUCUCAUUGCUAUGGCUGAGGAUAUCAUGCGACAGCGUACUGUUGCGUCUCUGGGUAAUAUCUUUGAGAACGACGGUGCACAGGAGCAAAGACAAGCUGUGGAAUGA